AUGAUGAUCAAUUUCAUUUGCUGGCAAAGUACCAAACUAGCAUGGAUCUUGGCGCUGCUGCUCAACCUGGUCAUGAUGAUUCAAGUCCACGGCCAGCCUGCUUCUUCUGGGUUCAUAAGCAUCGACUGUGGUUUGAGAAACAGCAGUUCCUACAACGAUAGCGCCACCGGGCUACGGUUCGAUCCUGACGGUGGAUUUGUCGAGGGUGGCAUGAGAAAACAGAUGUCUCAAGAGUUUAUAGCUAAUGCCAGAAAUGAGCAACAAAAAACCCUGAGGAGCUUCCCUGGCGGCUCAAGGAAUUGCUAUACACUGCCAUCCAUCAUCGGUAAGAAGUAUCUAUUGAGAGCCACGUUUACUUAUGGCAACUAUGAUGGGUUGAACAAGACUCUGGACGGGUCACUGUUUCUUUUUGGGCUCCAUAUCGGCGUUAAUUUCUGGGAGGCAGUGAACUUGACAAACUAUGAACCAUGGGCUAUGGUAUGGAAAGAGGUGCUCACCGUUGCUCCGAGCAACUCCGUGUCCGCCUGCUUGGUGAACUUCGGUUCAGGGAUUCCCUUCAUAUCCUCGUUGGAGCUGAGGCCACUCGAAGAUACGAUGUACCCUUUUUUCAAUACUUCUGUUUCAAUCGGCCUUUAUAGUCGAUUCAGAUUGGGCAACGUCACCGACUUUAUCACAAGGUAUCCAACGGACAACUAUGACCGCAUCUGGCAAAAUCACGCCACAGAGUACCCCUGGAUGGACAUCAACACUACCAAUAAAGUGGAGACCCUCCCUGGCAACAACUUCUUCAAUAUACCGUCGGUCAUCAUGCAAAAUGCCCUGACCUUAGACAUGAACAACCCCGGGGUGAUUAACUACUCGACGGCACAUCCCAAUGUAGACACUAAGACCCUGCAGCUUCUCCCAAUCUUUCACUUUGCCGAGAUCAAUGGGAGCAACCCGAAUAGGAGGUUCGACAUCUACAGCGCCGGCGAAUUGCUCUUCUCAGGCUUCUCCCCUUCACGAUUCCAGGUGGACAGCCUGUACCAGAACGGACGGUUCUUGCACAACCCAAAUGCAACCUUUCGCCUGAAGAUGACGGGCACCUCGACACUCCCGCCGUUGAUCAAUGCGCAAGAGGUGUACUUCCUAGUUCGGAUGGAUAACCUCACCACUGACACGAAAGAUGUCAAUUACAUGAAAGAAGUCAAGAACCACUACAAUUUGACAAGAAUAAACUGGAAUGGAGAUCCGUGCUCCCCAAGAGAAUAUUCCUGGGAAGGUUUGACUUGCGACUACUCAAAGAGCAACCAGAAUCCUAGGAUUGUUUCAGUAAACCUCUCUGCGAGUGGAUUGAAAGGUGGAUUAGCCGUAUCAUUCAUGAACAUGGUAUCACUAGAAAAUCUCAACUUGUCAAACAACCAGCUCGUUGGGCCAAUCCCCGAUUCUAUUCUUCGAAGAUUUCAGGCUGGUUUGCUUGAUUUAAGAUUGGAAGGCAACCCCGUAUGCUCAAAAUUCAAAGAUACAUACUGCUCAAAUAAGAAGAAGAACACCAUACAAACAAUGGUUAUCGCAGUGACGGUUCCCGUGGUACUGGUAUCCCUCCUAGUAUUGAUGUGCAUAAUCUGGAAGUUAUGCUGGAAAGGUAAGUCAGACCAUGUGGAUUAUGCCAUGUAUGAAGAGGAAACUUCCCUACAUGUGGACCUCAGACGAUUCACGUACAUAGAGCUAAAGCUCAUAACAAACGACUUCCAAUCAAUCAUUGGAAAAGGAGGUUUUGGUAUUGUUUAUCAUGGCAAACUAGAAAAUGGUGAUGAAGUAGCCGUUAAGGUGCUGAUGGAAACAUCAAUAGCGGAGUCAACAGACUUCCUACCUGAGGUCGAAACCUUGUCCAAAGUUCAUCACAAGAAUCUUGUGACUUUGAAAGGAUAUUGCCAAAACAAGAAGUGCCUUGCUCUCAUUUAUGACUUCAUGUCGAGAGGGAAUCUUCAACAGCUCAUAAGAGGAGGUGAUGACUAUAGUUUGAAUUGGGAACAACGACUUCAUAUUGCACUUGAUGCUGCACAAGGGCUGGAGUAUCUACACGAGUCAUGCACCCCAUCAAUAGUUCACAGAGAUGUAAAGACCCCCAACAUCCUUCUAGACAAGAAUCUCGUGGGGAUAAUAUCUGAUUUUGGGCUUUCCCGGGCUUUUAAUGAUGCUCACACGCACAUAUCUACUGUUGCUGCUGGCACCCUUGGCUACCUCGACCCUGAGUACCAUGCUACUUUCCAACUCACAGUCAAGACAGAUGUUUAUAGCUUCGGCAUCGUGCUUUUGGAGAUCAUCACUGGCCAGCCCCCAGUAUUGAUGGAGCCUCAAACCUUCCAUCUACCAAACUGGGUACGCUAUAAGAUUGCCAUGGUCAAUAUUCAUGACAUCGUGGACAAGAGAUUGUUGGAUCAGUAUGAUGUUAGUUCCCUCCAGAGUGUGGUAGACCUUGCUAUGAACUGCGUCGAAAACGUAGCCAUCAACAGGCCGGCCAUGACCGAGGUUGUUUCAAGGAUCAAAGAGUUGUUGCCAGUAGUUGCAAGAGGAAAGUUCUCUGGUUCUGCGUCAACUAGUAGUAUGAACCCCAUGGAUGCUGAAAUUCGAAGGAAAUUUCAGUUGACGAUUUCUGGAGUUGGCAACGAGGAGAAAUCCUUCCGGUCUGGUUAUACCGGUGGGAUGUCUGAAUUGAUCCCUUUAUCUGGACGGUGA